AUGGAAGAUCUGCUCAAAGCGCUGCAAAACAUCGGACUAGCGUUACCAGACGCAGAACAGCUGCUUCAGCUCUCCGAUCCAGAUGCGGAGGUCCAGGACAACCUCGCUCGCCACCUUUCUCUCACCCCCGCCAAGACUGACGUGGCCCUCGACGAGAAUGAUGUCCAAACCAGCAACGACGCUCACGACGCACAAGAUGAUGAAGAGGAUCUGGCGAUGGACCCUUUGGUCGAUGCCGAUCUAUUCAAGGGCGCUGUCCAGGCCUUGCUCGAGAAUUACAACAAGUCCAUCGACAAGGAGCGAGACGCUCUUCGCAGGGAGACGGAGGCUCUCACCUCACCGAAGAAGCUCAAGCCUGUCCCACUGAGAGCGUUGCUAGCGAGACAAGCAGCAGAAAUCAAGAGGCGCCAGGAAGAAGUUCACAUCGCCGCUCACGAUCCAGAAUCAGGGCGGAAGCGAAGACGGCUCUACCUCCCACGUCAGACUUUCGACGGUGUUGGGAGCUACGCAUCCGACACACCACUCGAUCAGCUCAGUCGUAUCGACGCAGACGAGUUCCAAGCACCAAAAAGAUUCCAAGGCAGAUACAUCCUUUGCAAAGUAGCUUCAAGUCUCAACCUCUAUGUCGCCUGCACCUUCAUCGGCCUGCUUCCGUCGGGCAACGCAAUUCCCGUCAGCAUCGCCCACUUUACAAGCAAUCUCCAUCUCAGCGGAUCGCAACUCGACGCGUGUCUUCCCAUCGGAACCAUCCUAGCGAUACGCGAGCCGUUCGUCAGUCUCAACCACUUUGCAAAAGGCGGGCCGUGCCAGGGCGGAAAGAGUGUUCACGGCGUCCGCGUCGACACGCCUACCGAUGUUCACAUUCUCGACCGACUGAGCGAGGCCGAUACAAAUUUGUUAGAUGCCACCGCGUGGAAAGUCGACAUGGCGCAGAACGAAGCUGAGCAUUUCGACGAUGUGGCUUCCUUGCUCAGCGAUUCGCCCGCAGCUUGCAACAGUAAAGGAUGCCGCUGGCUGCAAGACGGUCCUCUUUCUCGCAUCAUCGCUUCUUCGACGUCCUCCGACACCUCGAAACAUAUAGAGACUCUUUCACAGAAACAGAGGGAGGAGCUAAGCAAGCGAACACGGUCCCUCAUCCAGUCUUUUCUCAACGAGAACCGACCAGGUGCCGCAUACCGCGAACUCUGUGCGGCCCGAGUGCUCGGUCUUCCCCUUUCCUCCACAGCCGAAGACCUUGAGCUCGAAGGUCAAGUGCUGUUCAAGAAGUGCGACUUUGCAUCCAGCCGAGUCGCCUUCGAAGCCGCCCUCUCCGCAUAUCCACCCUCGCAACGCACCUCAGCACAAGACCGCAUCCUCGAAACGCUGCAAGCCGUCCGAGCCGCGCAAAAGGCGUCAGCACUCGGUCCUACGCACGAAAACAUCUGGGGCUACUACUUUGACUCUCAAACUUACGCUACCCCACGGUUCGAUAUCCAGGACUGGUUCGGACCCGUGGCCAUCGAGAAUAUCCCCGGUGCCGGACGUGGGCUGGUGCUCACCCGGGACGUAGACGAGGGAGAGCUGCUACUGUGCUGCAAGGCAGCGGCGUCGAGCUAUGCGGCGGAACCGAGCUGUAGAGGCAUCUUCCUGUUGCGAUACUCGGUGGAGUCGGGUGUCACCAGCACCACGACGCAGGUGCUGGCUGCGACAAAGAGCAUUCACGCUAUCAUCGAUCGGCCGGGUGAGCUCACUUUGCCCAUCAUGGGGUUGACGGCGGGUCCUGGCGUGGAGUAUUCACAGUGGGUCGCGGAGGAGUAUCCUGCCCCUCCCGAGCGCAGCUGGACAGACGCGCAGACACCAGCGGACCAGAUCGAGGCGCUGGUGCAGACAUGUCAAUCGCUGCUCGGCCUCAAAUCGGAGCAGCAACAGCGGUGGCGCAAAACGGUGCUCGAAGGAGCUUCUCGACCCUCCAUAGAUGCGAGCUACGUCGACGGCGUGCUGCGCUUCAACGCCUUUGGACCCGCCGCCAAUCCCGGCGGCAAAUCGUCCUCCAGUGACGAAGCAGAGCAAGACUCGGAACUGACACGCUCGACGAUGGUCCACCCACUUCCAGCCAUCCUCAACCACGCGUGUCUUCCCAACGUCUCGUCCGUCUUCUUCGGCGACAUUGUCACCACGCGUGCGCUGCAUCCGUUGAAGAAGGGCACCGAGAUCAUGCACCAGUACGUCAAAGGGGAGCAGCCGUGGCUCAUCCGACGCUCGCAGCUGUCCAAGCACGGGUUUGUGUGUAAAUGCGGCAUUUGCGAGCUCGACGAGCGGGAUAGCGAAGACAAAGUGCACGAGCGCGGUCAGAUCAUCGGUGGUUCGCUCUCAAUGCUUCAGGAACGCAGUCGGAUCGUGUUGAAAUCUUCCACCCAACCACUACAGACCCUACAGAAGGGCGAGGAAGAUCAUCGAGACCUGGUAGAGUCGCUGCAGGAGAUGAUUGAGAAAGUGCAAGCGACGUACGAUGCGCAGCGACCCAUCCUGCGACCGGACCUGAUGAAGAUCUUCCAGCUGCAGGCGCUGCACCAGAGCGAGUAUGAUGUCGAUGGUGCGAUCGGCACAGAGCUCAAGGCGCUCGAGUCGAUUGGGUGCACGCUGUCAGGAAAUUCGGAAGGAAGAAUGCUGAACGAGCUGCCGUCACUGCACUUCGAUGGUGGGAUCACCUCCAUGCUGACGCUGGCAAAGUGGACGUUGAAGCAGGACAAGAGGACAGAGGCAAAGCGGUGGAUCGAACAGGCGUUCUACACGCAUCAGUGCACCAUUGGCGGUGGACUGGAUAUCUUUUUGGAUCGUUGGCUGGAUGCUUUUCCGGAUCUUCCGUACCGCGAGUGGUUGCCUCGGUGCUAG